CUUCGGGCACUACAUCUGGCUCUGGAAGAGUUGUUGGUUCCAUCAGGCUCAUCUGGUUCAGGCAGCUUUGUCCUUGGAUCAGGCUCUACGGGCUCAGGCUCUGGCUCUAGAGGAGGGUCAUCAGGAUCCCAAUUCAGUGGGUCCUCGGGUGGCUCCUCUAGCUUUGUUACCUCUGGGUCUGGUGCUGGAUCCGGCUCGGGAAGUUCUGGCUCUUCAGGAUUUGGCUCUGGAUCGGUCUCUGGUUCUAACGUAGAUUCAGGCUUCCUGUCUGGUGGUGUCACUGGGGCAGCCUUUGGUUCGAGCACGAGCUCUGGGUUCAUCCAGAAUGUUGGAGGCUCAGUGUCUGGUGGUUCGGGUACGCAGUUUGUCAACAGAGGGCCCCAGGUCAUUGUCAAUGCAGGGCAGACUGGGGUGUCCUCCCAAGAUGGUUUUUUUGCCGAAUUUUUGCAACAGCUUACCAUAACUGUUACUGAAACUAGAACUAUCGACAAUUUUGUUACUGUUACGGAGACUAUUUUGAAUAGUGUGCCGAUAACUCUGACUGGCUUCAAUGUGAACACUGUAACUCUGACAACGUAUGGCGUUUUCCAGACAGAGGUUGAUGAUAUUGUAGCCGUAACGACGACUGUUGUUGAAAGACCAGUCACGGAAUUUGUUACUACGGCAAAGUCAAACUUUAUCUACGUAACAGAAGUUUCUAUCGAUGUGUACACCAUAACUCAUAAUGCUCAUUUAAUCAGCCAGACUGUACACACUACAUUCGUCACUCAAACGCUGACUCUGUCUUCGCCAGUUGUUCGGACAUUCUUGACUACAGCCACUCAAGUCUUCACGGACAUUCGCACUGUAGUGAACACAGUAUUUGCCUACGGAUAUUAAUCUUAUUUUAAAAGCUUAUUUAUUUUUUAAGUGCUUUUAACCUUGAAUAGCUGCUGACUCUACUUUUAAAUAUUCAAUGUAAUUUCAAUGUAAUUUUCUAACUAGUACGGUAUAUGUAAGAUAUGAAUGACAUAAUAGAUGUAACUGUAAUAAUCUGAAUUUAGAUAACUUAAUGAAAACGUUCUAACUUUGAGUGAGAAUAAAGUAAUUAAUUUAUAAA